AGUCAUAAAAACCAGCCUGUUGUUCUCUCUCUCCUUUUAUGCUCUCCUUCUCUGACUACCAAGACCCAUUCGGUCCGGCUGGCAGGUUAUCAGGACACCUGUAGUACAUACCUACAUGCUGAGGACAGGAGCUCGGGAACAGAGACUGUGGAACAACAGCAAGUAUACAGGAGACCAGGUCUUUCGCCUUCUUGCCUUCCACAGGUUGGCUAAGUGACCUUUGAGAAACCAUUGAUAUUUAAUUCAUUCUGGUGAAACAAAAAGAUGAGAGUGACAGGUGUGCUGCGGAUCCUGGCCUUGCUGUUCACUUUAGUCACCACCUGGUUUUUUGCCAGUGCCUAUUUCAACCAGACGCAGACAAAAUCCAUCAACCUGAGGAGCUGGCUGUUUUCAGAUUCCAAAGUCAAGCCAACAAACGCGCCGCACCUCCACAAUAAGUGCAAGAACAGAAGAGCCUGCCCCAGCAAUACCUUUGCCUUCAGAUUAAUCAGUGGUGCAGCCAACGUCGUUGGACCUUCCAUGUGUUUUGAGAACACCAUAUUGAUGAGCGGCGUGAAAAAUAACAUUGGUCGAGGUCUAAACAUCGCACUUAUCAAUGGAACCAAUGGGCAGCUCAUCAAAAUCAGUUCCUUUGACAUGUAUUCUGGUGAUAUUAAAGAGUUAUUGAAUUUUCUGAAAGCUAUUACCACAGGUACCCUCGUGCUCAUAGCCUCCUAUGAUGACCCAGCCACAAAGCUGAAUGAUGAAGCCCGAAAGUUACUUGCUGAUCUAGGAAGCAGCUAUGCUUCUAAGCUGAGUUUUCGAGACAACUGGAUAUUCAUUGGUGGGAAGGGACUCAAAAACAAAAGCCCAUUUGAACAGUAUUUGAAAAACGAUAAGGAAACCAACAAAUACGACGGCUGGCCUGAGGUUCUGGAAAUGGAGGGCUGCAUACCAAGGAAGGUGGACUAAAAAAAAAAGAGCUAAAUUCAGAAGAACAGCAACCCAGGGAGUCUUAACUACCAGGCUUUUAACUUUGCCUGAGCGUGGGCACUGGGUGUGGGCAGAAUCAGUCAUUUCUUACCAAUUCAGUUCUUCGCUGUGGGAGAUUCUGAACACAGAGCAGAAGCUACCGUGCGGCUUUCCAACGAGGUGACCAAGAAAAGCGUCUUUGGUAGCCUGAGACCAAUGGGAUUUCAAUGCACUGUUCUAUCAAGAAUGGGUUUUACAGAGAUGAAGAAGCACGCGCAUCUGAAGAUGUGUACUUGCUGUAACAUAAUAAUUCUCAAACAGCGAAGCCAACAUCACAGGCAGUCCCUCAGAAAGCCCCUUCCUACUCUCCAUUUCAAGCCUCCCGUUCCAGAUUCUUUGUUGCCUUGUUUUCUUAUUUAUUUAUUAAGCAUUUCUUCUUUUUCACCAGCUGGUGAACGGUAAAGUCAGCUAAUAAAAUUUGUCACAAAAAGCAGACUAAAAAAAGUUUGCAGAAUCAUAGGACAAUUGAGUUGGAAGACACCUAUAAAGCCAUUGAGUCCAACCUCCUCCUCAAUGAGUAAUGCAACAAUGAAUCAGUUACUGUUAUGCUGUACUGACUGACACCAAAGGCACUUAGACAUCACAAGAAUCAUAGAAUAAUUGAGUUGGAAGGGGCCUAUAAGGCCAUCAAGUCUAACCCCCACUUAAUGCAGGAAU